AUGGCGGAAGGCCUAGCGGUGACACAAGAGGUAGCAGGGACCAGAGAUGAGCACGGAGGAGGGGAUGCAAACGUGUUGACAGGCCACACACCACCCCGAAGUGCACCAAACAUCAAAAGUCGGAGGGAGGCGGCGCCACGGGGGUGGAGUGACUUCUAUCUGGACGGGAGGACAGUCGGGAGGAGUCUACCGAACACGAAGCGAGGAAUAAACGCAACACGAAAGAGUCAAGAAGAGGAGACACGCACCAUCGUAGGAACAAGGGGGUGA